UUGUAGGGUAGAAGCAAGAUUAAUUGUAUUAUGCUGCCUAAUACAAGGUGUUUGUGCUACGAAAAGCACGUCCGAGGGCUCCUCCAUCUCCCUUCGCGCGCGCGGUGCGCCUCCCCCUUCGCCCUGGUGCCACCAUUUCCCAUUUGCGCUGGCGCCGCUCCCGCAAGCAACUGCGCUUCUCCCCCUCCCUCGCGUGCCUCCCCCUCCCCCCUUCGCCAUCCGAAGCUUCUCCCCACGCAGCUUCGCUGGCUUGACGACCUGACGAACCCCACCUCGUUCACCUGCAUUGGCGUGUCGUACGUCUGCCAGUUGAGCGACAUCACCUGCGAGCCGACGCGUCAGAACUUGAACGGGUUGGGGUUGCUAGGGCCGAUGCGCGUGCCGCGGGGGAAGAUACGGCGGAAGUGGCGGAGGUCAUGGGCGACGAGGGGCGGAAGGGACGUGUGGAGGAAAGAGGACAGCCCGUUUCGGACUUAUUACUGAGGAGGAGGUCAGCACAAGCUUUCUGUUGGGAGUGGAAGUGGCGCGCGAGUCUGUAGAUGCACGGGGAGGGGCGCAAAUCAAAGGCAGAGGGGUAGAAG